AUGUUAAAAAGAAUUAUUGUCAAAAUAUGUUUCUUUAUUCUCUGCGUUUCUUGCUUAGAAGAUUUGAAUGUUAAUGAUAUUUUGAGAUCAGAUUUGAUGCCGACCGUGUUCAUUUCCGAGGAGAAUGUUGAAAGUCGUGAAGGUGAUAUGGAUUUGCUGAGUGAAAAUCGCUUAGAACCUGUAAACGGUUCUAUAGACGCAGCACUUACCACGUUGGAUUAUCACAGGAAAAUGAUGAACGAGUACCAAUGCAGGAACUACGUGGCUCAACAGAUCUUGGACGAGGUGGGCGUGGCCACGAUGACCCGCAGAGUUGGUGAAGCCUACAAUGGCCUAAGUCGUCGGAUACAAAAUGUUCCCACUACCUUCAUGUACGAUGCCGGAUCGGCGAAUUAUCAGGACUGGUUGACAAAAGUAACAGCGCUCAACGACAUUUACCAGCAUUACAACAUGAGUAUCGAGACCCACAACACCACGGUGUCCCCGCCUAUCAAGAAGGAAGCUCAGCCCAGAGACAGGUACGAGGUGGUAGAGGGAGGCGAGGUGUAUGGUGACCACGAUGUCUCCGCGUAUGAAAUGUCUAAACAUGGUGGAGGCUACGAAUACUCGAUGCCGCCGCCACAGCAGCUGUACCACCAUGAGGUGCACCAUCCGGUCCACGAGGUUCACCACGACCACCACGAAGACCACCACGAGGAAGAGUCCCACGGUCUGGGGCUGGGAGACCUGUUUGAGAUCUCGCUCACCGGUAUCGCAUUCCUGUCCUUCGGCAUGUUCAUACUGCAAGUCCUCAUGUGUAUCACCAUGAACCAGCAGCCUCCGCAAGUGAUGCAAAUGGUAGACCACGGCGAUACAGUAAACGUGGACGAUGUGUCUAGGUUCAAGCGAGAAAUCCCUCCAAUGGUACCCAAGGGGUCUCUGAAAGGCCUAAAUGAUGUGGCCAGAUACGCCCUGAUGGCGAUAAAACCCCAGUCCAAAUUAUGUCUUUACAGAAGCCUCUGCUUGGGCAACAAGCACGCGAGAGAAUCGGACGACAAGACCAAGUAUUGGUUACCGCUUUGGCAUGCGGGUGUAGCGUGGAUUCGCGGGGGUGCUCUGGGCGCCCUGCGGGCUGCGGCAUUGGGCCUGGGCGGGGCGGACUGUAAUACGGUGUAUCCAAAAAGUCGCUGUUAG